CAUGGUAACCCUACCACCCACUCCACCCGCUUACCCCCUCUCCAAAAGCUCCAAAACGCUUCCUUUGCACAAACCUGUAAUUUCACUCAGCCGGUCAUAGGAAACGCGUAAGCGCAUGUAGGACGACUGGGGGUCCAUGUAGUGAUCAGCGGGGUCGAGCAGCCAAUCUUUGGUUACCUCACCUCCACUUUCCGCUCACUGAGUGACACGCACUCCUCAAGACCACCAGGACGCACACCCUGCUCAUGUAGGACAGGUAAAUGUGUGACUUUUUUUCUCUCAAUUUGGCCAACAGCAUGCAGGCUUUUGCUGAUGGAGAACUAGAGGCUGACUAAGUGGUACUACAAGGAAACCGUAGGACUGAGGCGGGGGGGCGACAUUGAGUAAAGCUCUGGCUGUGUUGUGAAGAGAAAGGAGAAGAGGUUUGCUGGAGUGAUGUGUAAUCAUUAUACCACUCUAAAAUGGUAUUUUCUAGGAAAAGCCCUCUCCCACGCAUACAGUGCGAGUUAGCACGCUGCAGUGCAAAAACAUUCUGGUUUUAGCUUGGCUCAGAGCUGUGGCUGCACUGGAAACUCUGCAUAAUACACCAGGAUUAGCUCUUUCAGCGGCUAACAGGCACCAAAUAUAUGGCACUUUAAACCUGACAGAACAGUAUUUCCCUCUGAAUGGGCGACACGUGGAAAAGCUGCUUCUCUGCGAGAGACUUGCUCCUCUGCCAGAUACAUUGCAGUGUCACAUAGCCUUCUUUUUUCCUCCCUCCAAACUGAUCCGUUUCUCCUCAGGGGCAAUGACUGCCUCCAUUAAUGAUUCACGGGCUCAAAUAAAAGGGAUUUAAGUUGACGUUGAGUCACGUGAGCGGGGCGCAUAAUACUGCGCGGUGUUAUGGCACAGGGAAGAAAACCGGAGCCCCGGUCUGGCCAUAUGAUGCUGAUUAUAUGCGGGUUACCCCCACUUUCCGUGAGGGGAGUCCGGGCUUUGUAGUUUUGUUUAUCGAGGGGAGAAUAAGAAAAGAGAUUCACACCGAAAGAGAAAGGAUCCCGGGUUUGUGGAUGUACUACUGCUGUCACGGACGGAUAUGUUUUUCCACGCGGACACAGUCAGAGCGUGAGCUUUGGGAGGAUGGAUUUUAUUUUGAGAAAUCCAGCCAAGUAAAUUCAGGCCAUCGCACGGUCUCCGAGACACCUUGAACUGCCUUCGGUUCACCCGAGGAGGCCAUUGGCGGAGAGGCGUCACGUGACCACGGGGUGCCAAUGUUAUUCUACAAGGGUGUCAAGACCCUGUCAGUUUCUGAAAUAAAUAUUGGGAAACGGCGAGAUGCAAAAGGCAACCUACUACGACAGCUCCGCAAUUUACAGUGGCUACCCAUAUCAAAGCGCAAAUGGCUUCAGUUAUGAUGCCAAUCAGGUCCAAUAUCCCCGGGCCUCUCAUGUGGAAAGUGAGUACCAUCGACCUGCCUGCUCCCUGCAGUCUCCCGACGGCUCCGUGGCUCUGCAGAAGCCGGGGGAGAUGGCGGAGAGCUGCGACAGGACCACAGCCAUUCAGGCGGCGCAGUCUAAGGUUCAUCCCGAAAGCAAUCAACCGCAGGUGCCGGUGUCAGGCCCACCCCCACCCUCACAAUCCCCCGGUGCUAUCAGCCAAAACACAAGCAACGGGUCCAACCAACCCAGUGCCAAGAACGGCUCCCCAACCUCUACUGCUCGCGGCAAACAGAUCUUCCCCUGGAUGAAGGAAUCCCGUCAGAACACCAAGCAGAAACACACCAGUAGCUCCAGUUCAGUGGAGAGUUGCCCCGGAGACAAGAGUCCUCCGGGGUCAGCAGCAUCUAAGAGGGCCCGGACAGCUUACACCAGCGCCCAGCUAGUGGAGCUGGAGAAGGAGUUCCACUUUAACCGGUACCUCUGCAGACCUCGGAGGGUGGAGAUGGCCAACCUGCUCAACCUCACAGAGAGACAGAUCAAAAUCUGGUUCCAGAAUCGCAGGAUGAAAUACAAGAAGGAUCAGAAAGGCGUCGGAAUGCUGCCUUCCCCUGGCGGACAGUCCCCUCGGAGUCCCGUGGGCCCUGCCUCCGGUGGUGGAGGAGGCGGAGGAUACCUCAACUCUAUGCAUUCUCUUGUAAACAGUGUACCUUAUGACUCCCAGUCGCCGACGUCUUACAAUAAACCUCAUCAAAACACAUACGGUAUGGCUACGUCAUAUCCCCCUCCCUUGAACAGCUCCCUUAACAACUGCCCGCCCUCCCAGAAGAGGUAUCCCGGGACCGACUCGGCCACGCCCGAGUAUGACGCGCAUCCGCUCCAAGGCAAUGGCAACUACGGGACGCACAUGCAGGGCAGCCCUGUUUAUGUCGGCGGAGGUUACAUCGACUCAAUGCCAAAUUCUGGGACCUCCGUUUUCGGUCUGACCCACCUCCCGCACCCGCCGACCACAAAUAUGGACUACAAUGGAGCAAUCACAAUGGGCAACAGUCAGCAUCACGGAGUGUGUGAUCCCACACCGACGUACACAGACCUUACGCCGCACUACUCUCAGGGAAGAAUCCAGGAAGCGCCCAAACUGACGCAUCUGUAGCGGUGGCGUAGCCUGGAUCACUCCGCCCAUUGUCUUAUCCACCUCCAGACACAUUACUGCUUUGUUUCCGCGCCUCCUCACGGCUUCCACCUUCUCUCGGCCUUUGUUUAUGUUUUUUUAUAGUUUGAUGUGUGAAGUAGCGUAGGAUAAAUAAUCACGACUUGCUUGAAUUUUUC